AUGCCAUUGAGUUUCCUCUGGCUACUUGUGUGGAUUUUCCAUCAUCAAGGCAUCAACCAGAAGAUCGCAGAGGAGAGCCAGGGCAAAGGCGAGACUUUCCUGGUAUCUUCACAGGACUGGCAAAGUGAGAUUGAAUUUGUCAAGUCUGAGGGCAAUUCAACGAAGACUCAGUACACACCAUUCGAAGGACGCAAGUUUGAUCAGCCGCAUUUCGAAGGAAAUCAUGGCGACUUACGAGCCCUGGAGGUGCAAGUACUGCAAAAAGAUUUCAAAGGCGUCCGCAAAUGGAUGCAGCCAGUGUCUGACACCUUGGCAGGAGACUGGGAUUGGAACUAUCAUCAAAGCUCGGGACAGAGCCCACGCAGCCCACGCAGUGGCAAAGGCAAAAGGGAGAAGUCCCAACAGCCGAAGUCACCUCGACAUGGAGGCAAAGGUCGGGGACGUGGAGGAAACAAAGGUGCUGGCAAACAAUCAGCAGGCAAGCAGACUGGGAAAGGCAAGAAUGCUGGACAGAAUGUGGAAAAAGGCAAAGGAAAGGGAGAUACCAUGGUUCCACCAGAGCCGCCAUGGACUCCAACUUUGCAUCCCAACAGUCUACCAUUGCCGCCUCCAACGACUCCGCCGCCGCCGACAGCAGAGGAGACAACAUUGAAAGAAUUGAUCCAGGCUCUGAAGAAAUCGCAUCAAGAGAUGGAUCCAGAAGUGCAGGCCAUUGUCCAAAGAUCUCACAUGAAAGAUGGACAGAAAUCGACUCGGUCUCUCUACAGUGCAGUGGACGACUUGAGUACAGCGAGGGAGACAUUGGACAUUGCCAAAUUGGCGAGGCACAAUCUGCACAUCAAGUGGCGCAAUUUUCUGACAGAUGCAGUUCAGCGCUGGCAGAAGCACACCGAGGAAGCCAUGGUCCAUUUAGAGCGAUGA